AUGGAAAGGGGCAAAUUGAACCCGUCAACAAGGCUGACUGGGCUGUCAAGUGUGAACUCCGCCAGGGACACCGGAGGAGCUCCGCCGUUGCCGUCGCACUCGAGGCGGCCCCCACAGUCCCCGGUGGUGCAAUUCCCCUUUUGGCCCGAAUUGUCGAAGCUGCAGCCCGUUCGGGCCCAGAAGCGGCCCGACCACCCAGUUGGGCCCACGAAAUUGGCUGAUUGGCCCGGCUUCAGCUCCAGCCCGCCGUUCAUGAGCGGAGGUUUUCCGGCGCCGGUCAGGAUUCCGGGCCAUAUGAAGAAAGAACCUGUGAGGAAAGCUAGGACAGAGGCAAAAAACAAAGGCCAUGAUGCUGCCAUGAUUAUGGAUGAAAUGAAACUGAGGAAGCUAUCAAAAAGGGUUCCUUGCCGUGGCCCCACAGGGCGAUGGCGAGCAAUGAUGACCAUGGCAAGCGAUGGUGGAUCUGGUCUGAUGGUCAAUGAUUGUGGCGUUGCUCCGGGCCGCCCAUCACCAUCUCCGGCGUCGCAAACUCCCAUCGCCAUCGCCCAUCGCCUAUCGCUAUCCCCCAUGUCCGUCGUCUCAUUGCCAUCGCCAACGGCCCGCCGCCACUCGCCACUCUCUCGUGGCCAUUUAUCCAUCGCCAGUCGCCAUCGCCCAUCGGUGCGAGGCGAAUUAGUCACGGCCCACGGGCUCACGGUCAUAGCUUCGAGGAUGUGUUGGACUUGGACGGUUGGACCUCUACAUGCUGAAGAGGAAGGGGAGCAUGGAAAUGAAUUGGAUGAUAAGAGUGAUUUUUUAUGCUUCAGACUAGACUCGGUUUAUCUGCAACAUGCAGCAUGCAGUAUGCAGCCCGUAAAAGCUACAACAUGA